AUGUUUUUGUUGGAAUAUGUUUUAAUAGGAUUGAGUUUGGAAGUACUCGAAGCAAAGACGACAGGAAAAGCUCAAAGGCAGAGGAAAAGAAAAGCACAAGAAAAGGAAAGAAAGGGAAGGGAUGAUGGGCAAGAGACUUUUAGAUCCAUCACUAGAUCUUACUACAAAGGAGCAGCGGGGGAACUUCUAGUUUAUGACAUUACAAGGAGAGAGACAUUUAAUCAUUUAGCAAGUUGGCUAGAAGAUGCCCGGCAGCAUGCCAAUCCUAACAUGUCAAUCAUGCUCAUAGGGAACAAAAGUGAUAUGUCUCACCGAAGGGCAGUGAGCAAAGAGGAGGGCGAGCAAUUUGCAAAGGAAAAUGGACUUUUAUUCUUUGAGGCUUCUGCCAGGACAGCUCAAAAUGUGGAAGAGACUUUUUUAAAGACUGCUGCAAAGAUUCUUCAGAAUAUUCAGGAAGGUGUCUUUGAUGUGUCCAAUGAGUCAUCUGGUAUAAAAGUUUGUUAUGGAAGACCCCAAAGUCAAGCAGGUUCCAGAUAUGGAACUGUUUCUGCAAGAGGUGGGUGUUGCAGCUGA